CACACACACACACACACACAGCCUGCCAGGCUUGGGAGCAUCAAGGCCCAAUCUAGGUCACAGCAUAAGCCCAGAGGUAUCCUGGUCUUGUCUACACACACACACACACACACACACACACACACACACACACACACACACUUGUAUGCACGUUUUUAAAAUUCACAAAGCGCGAUCACAUGUCUAGCAUAUAAAAUCUAUUUUAAGAAUAAAUCCAGUGAAAUUCGUCUUUUCCCAAAAAUCUCCUCCCUCUCCUUCCUCUCCUUCCUCUCCUUCCUCUCCCUCCCAAAUGCCCUCGUUGUUUACGUGACCCCGUCUAAUGGCUCUUAUCCGGCACCAUCACAAGGCCUCUACAGCGCGUCCCCGAAUCAACAUCCAUUCAAUACACACUUUCCCAAUGAACCAAGAUCCCUUUUAUUAUGUGUGUGUGUGUGUGUGUGUGUGUGUGUAAUCUGCCUGAACUAAAGGCGUGCAUCUUCCUGCGCGCUGCAGGUUAUGUGCAUCCUUGCAGCAGCGGCACCAUAAGAUCCCUUUGAUAUGACUGAGCCUGACAGCGUAUCAUCCGAGAUGUGACCGUGCGGCAUGGCACAGAAAUAGAGGAGCUUAUUUCUUUACAUCAGUCUCCAGCCGUCUAUAAAUAUUUCCAAAGCUCUCUGUUCUCUCUCUCCCCCACUCCUUUUCUGUCUUUCUUGCUGCUUUCUCUGUUAUCCCCUCCCUCCCUUCCUCUUUUCUCCCCAUCUCUCUCUGGCUGUCCAUUUUUCCCCCCGAUACACUCUGUGCCUCCCACAUCUUCCCCCGUCGUGUAAUGCAGAGAAAUGCAUCUCUUGUCUGUCUAGAAAGUGGGAACAACAACCCUCCUGUGCUGCAUAUCAUUUCUGCGCCUGCAGGGUUUGUUUUUUCCUCCUCUGUCAGUCAUGCAGGGCGGUUCAGUUAAAUGACAGUGAUUUUAUCACAUCACCUCCUCCCUCUCUUUCUCUGCUGUACUACUCCACAGAUUCACACCAAUCAAGUACCGGUGUGACGUUGAUCACGGCCAUUACACUCAUCUCGGCUCAGACGUUUGAAUGGACAAUUGUCACGCAAAAGAUUUCAUCAGAAGCAGCGGCCAUCCUCCCAAACCUAUCGGUGUGGGAAGUGAGCGUGCCACCUAUGAAGUCAGCAGUCCCCAACCCCCACCCUCAACACAUGUUCAGCAUCCUCUGGGCAGCACGGAGACACAGCUGAGAAUUAGAGAGGGAGAGAGCACGGGAGAGAGAGCAGUGAAGUGGAAACAUGGGUGAGCGUCAGAGAAAGACAGAAAUAGAGCGAUAAAGCAGUGAAUUAGGCGGAGAGAGGAGGAGGAGGAGGAGGAGGAGGAGGAGGAAUAGAGUCAGUCUUACAGCGAGGCGGCGAGGCAUCGUGCAGACCAGAUCGCUCUCUCGUAGACGAAAAGCUCUCAUCGUGUGUGGAUGUGAGAACCUCGUGGAUUUGCUCCCAUCGGGGUCUCGUGGAAUUCACCGCAUCCGGCUCCAGAACAGCUGCAGACGGAGGAUGCGACAGCGGCUGGAUGCUGGGAUCCAUGUGGGCCCGUGACGUCUGCACUCUCCUCUUCCCCUGUGAGAAGGGCUCCGGCCGCACGGACCCAGAUUGUGGCGUCGUGGCUCUCGGCCGGUCUGCGACUGUGAUGCGGACGAGACGUGCUCUGCACCUCGGCGGGGAACGCUCAGCCCGCUGCCCCUGCUGACAUCUGUCUCCGUGGAUACGCACACAAGCAACUGGCAGGCUACGCCGCAGAGACCGAGCCAGGACAAUAAUAGGAACCCCAGCUGGAGAGCGGACAACAUCUGGGCGUGGAGCGAAGGGAGAGGGGGACGUCUCAGCAGAUGGUGACACUGCAGCAGCACUUCUCCAGCAUGGAGGAGACGGUGCGCACGAUCCUACAGAACCAGGACACGCUGGAGGGGCCCAAGGUGGACCCACUGGACCUGAUGAAAGCAUACAAGGACAAACUCCUGGAGGAAAUGUGGAAGCAGCAGGACAGUCUAGAGGGUCCCACAGCCACCGCAGCAGAGGGGCCCACCUCGCCUGAGGCCAGCGGUGGACCAGAGGAACAUUCGAUGGACAGCAGUCCCCUGCUGCAGCGACUCAGAGCCCUGGAGGCGGAGAAUUCUGCUCUGUCCAUAGAAAACGACAAUCAGAGGAAGCAGUAUGAACGCUGCCUGGAUGAGGUGGCUAACCAGGUGGUCCAGGCCCUCCUCACACAGAAGGACCUGAAGGAGGAGUGUGUGAAGCUGCGGACCCGGGUGUUUGACUUGGAGCAGCAGAACCGCAUACUGAGCGUGCUGUUUCAACAACGUGUCAAAAUGUCCACGGUUCCUGUCUCCCAGGAGGUCCAAAGAAAUGGAAAAGCAGGUAUUCCUGCAGGAAGGUGGCCCAGCCUGCUGAGUCUAACAUGCCCACGCAGCAGUGGUAGUGGCAGUGGCAGUGAACUGUCACUCUCCAGUGCUUGUAGCGAGUACUCCAGUGGCUCCCACACUUGGGCAGAAGGACGUGGCUUCUCAAAGCAGUGUGCCACAAGCCGGGACAAAAGGAUGAGUACAGGUUCGGUAUCCAGUAAUCAUUCAGCACCCAAGGAGCAGACAGAACUGGGAUGGAAGGAAGGUCACAUUCUGAAAGGCCUGAAGCAUCUACAAAUGUGCAGCUCCAAAGAGGCAUACUCAAAUCCACCUGUACCACACUGCAAAGACUGUAUGACCUCUAAUGAGGGCAUAUACUCGCUUGGUGUAAAGUGUGGCCUACAAGGGGCUACAGCCAAACAAGUAGCCCCCACGUGUAAACCUUUCAAGGCUGGAGAAGAGAGUAGUGCUCUUUACUCUGAUGAUGCAGAUGAUGAUGCCCCUAAAUUACAAAGUAAGGAAUCCAAUGACCAACCAACAAAGGAGCUUCUGUGCUUGGAGAAACUGGAUGUCACUCGGGAUGAUGAUGGCAACUUGUUAGAAGACCCAGUAAGACUUGAUGGGAAUUCCGGUCUUUUCCCCUCACUUGUGACAGACAACUUCUUAUUUUUGGAGGGCCCCAAAGUUAAACCUGGUGUAAGCCCAACAGAUACCCUUAUGCAUACAGAGGAAAAGAAUAGAGACUCAUUGGAAAAGCACAAUGCAUCAGGUAUGAAAUUCAGUGACAAAAACAAUAACCAAGAAAAGUCUACUGACCGUAAAUCCAGACUUGAUAAUGUCAAAAGACAACAGGCCAGACUUGUGAUCAAGCAUAUGGAUGGAGGGACAAGUGAGUUGAGCUCAUCUAUACCACAUACUGCAACAAGAGCUCUUAGUUGUGUAAAUGAAGCCAGACAGCGGAGCUCCUCAGUGGAGGUUACCCAUUGCAGAGACCAGGGGAGUCAAGCUGUCGGUGAAAGCCAGGACAACACAACCUCACAAUCUCCACAGAGGAAACAGAAACCUCAGCCAUGUGACUCAGCAAGAAAGGCUUUUAUUUUGCGGAGCAAGAGUGCAGAUGGUGGACCAGAGCAAGCCAAGCACACACAUUCACCUCUCCACCAAAAACUUAUUAAGGGUCACAGGUCCAAAGGACAGUCAAACCCAACUGGGCAAAGUGUUCCUAGCAAAAGAACAAAUCUCAGUAAAACACAUGGUUCAAGCAAAGGAGCAUUAUCUAAGGAUGAGGAUAUGACGGUAUCGACAAGUUCCAAGUCUCUCGAAAGUGUACAGCAGUGCUCUCCCCUUGCUUCCCCUGUGAAAUAUUCAAAGACAUUUAAACCUCCAGGGGUCAAUGAAUGCUCUGAGACCCCAACAAAAUUGUCUCUGCAAGCCACAAGACCUCAAUCAAGCAACAACUCGGUGGAAGAGAGCAUAUAUGACAACUUACCCUGCUCUCCACGAAAACAACGACGCCAAGACCAGCACUGUGAUGUUUCCCAUUCAGAACAUAUGUCCCCACCCCCUCCACAACCCCCGGGUAGAACUACUUCUCUCCUUCUUAGACCCAGCUGUGACUCCCUACCUGAAGCUCAUAAAUCUGUAGGUCAGGCUCAAAGCUCUACUACUGGGAAGACAGCAUCAAACAACACCAAGCCACAAUCAUAUCAUCUUUGUUCUGCCUUACAGCCUCAUCAAUCCAGUACAACAAAAGACAAUCAACACACAGCACCACAAAAAGAUGCUGCUAAGCUCUACCAUACCCAUUCAUCGAAGAUUACACCAGUCCCAGUUCAAGAAUCUCAAGCAUCAGAGUCACGACAGUUUUCUAUGGACAUAACUGCCACAUGCCAUGAUGGAAAUAAUGCUCCCUCAAUCUUGCCAAGUCAGAGCAUCUUACAAAGAUCCCAACAGAGCACUAGUGAGCCAAAACUUUCAGAGGUAUUGCCUCAGGUGUAUUCUAAUGUUUACUACCAUGGAAUUUCAAAUAAUUCUCACAGUUCCACUUCAAGAGGUGUAAAAAUGGCUCUCCCUGUAAAUGCUAAAUCUAAUGAGGCAAUCACAGGACAGGAAACCAGUACCUUCCUUAUUUUCGGAAGACAGAACAAAGAUGAUACAAAUUCCAUGACAAAAAGUGUCCAGACCUUUCAGACGUUUAUGUGUGAUCCCCAGGUGAGCCAUGAAUGUGGUGCUCAUGACAGAGUCCGCCGAAAGAUUGAGACACGCUGUAACUCACUGGAUUCUGAGCCCGCUGUUCAACCUGUUGCAUCAGACAGUGGUGUGAUGUUAGACUGGGGAUUUGAUGAAGAGGGUUGGCUCUUUAAAAGGUCUGUGUCAGUAUCAACUAGACCUCUCCUUAAGCCAGUAAUGGGCAUGAAUGGGGCCAAGGCUCGUAGCCAGAGUUUUGGUGCACGAUACAUGGAUAGACCGAGCUUUAACCGAUCUGGAAAGGUCCGCACACAGAUCAAAACACACUCAGGGAGCUCCUUAAACUCUCUUGGUGAUGUCCUUCCAGGAAGUAUGAGUUGCUCCAGCAGCUACCAUUGUCCAAUGAAUCGAUCCCUUUUGAACAACUUCUUGAUUGAAGAGGGCCUGACAGUUCCCUCAUUUUUGGGCUCCUCUAGUGAAAGACUCCAAAGUCUAAAACUCCAGCGAGAGCAGGCUAGGCGCAUUCAGAUUGAGCAGCAGUUUUCAAGCGCCUUUGGUGAGCCAGUCUCUGAAGAACCAGAGAGACAAAGUUCUAUAACCACAAUCGAAGAGAAAGUGAUGCUUGGCAUAGAGGAGAACUUGCACAAGUCUCAAGAUCAGGAGAGAAGCAACGAAGUGAAACAAAAAUCUGGCUCAACUUUGGCAAAUUGGUUUGGUUUUCGUAGGAGUAAGCUCCCUGCGCCAAGUGUCAAAAAGACUGAUCCACCAAAGGUAAAAGAAGACAAGAGGGAGCCAAAGAUUACAUCGCUUCUGGGAGGAAAGCAAGCAAAGUCUGACAAAAAGAGAGACAGAAGAAAAAGUGAUGGAAAAGACUGCUCUGUGGGGAGAAGAGAGUCUCAUGAUGCAGUGCGAGCAUGCAUAUCAAUGCCCUGCCCAGGAAUGUCCCUGAAUGAGAUACAAGGACAUACUGACAUCACCGGGGACCCAAAGAUGCAGGUGAUGAGCCGGAGACCGGAUAGUGAAAAUGGAUCUACUGUGAAGAGUCCCAACCAGGAUGCAGUAAUAGGCUGCAAGAUGCGAACGUUGGACAGUGGAAUUGGGACCAUCCCCCUUCCUGAAUCCUGCUCCUUCUUCUCCUCCAUCCUGCACCUCCUCCCCAAAUCCUCAUCAACCCCAGAACAGUCCCUCAGUCCUCCCAGUGCCCCCGGUUCCUCCAGCGAGGACAUGUCUCCUUCCCCGUUACCCCGGUGGAGAAUACCCUCCAGCUUUAAGGACGGCAGCCAUGCGGGGGUGCCAAACUCCCUGUCUGCCUCCUCCAUGACCCGCAUCCAGUCAGUGCCUUUCCCCACUGUGGCCUUCCUCCAGCCCAUCCAACCCCAGUCUGAACCCAGUGUGUGUGAUACCCAGAGCAGACUUCCCAGACCACCACAAGGUGGAAUGGAACCAAAGAAGUUAACCUAUAUCAAAUCCAAAACACGAGCCAGCCCCAGCCAACAGAAAGAGCAGACGAGACUUCAGCUCGCCAACUAGUUCCUGAAGCUGAGUGAGUCGAACUAGACGCGAGGCGUCGAACAACCGCUUGGAUUUAUCACUAACUCACAUGGAGGAUCCCUUAGAUCCCACAGUUUGUACGCUGUGUCUGUGAAUGAGGAUGAAAAUGCUCACAACUUGGCACUGUAGGAAUUCCACGUGUGCCCCGGAGACGAGCUGAGCUUCUCAGUAGCCUUCCAGGUGGAGCGGCGGACACUCUGGCAGCCAUUUUGGAGGUCUGCGGCUCAUUUGGCCUCAGCUGCGAGCACCUGAUUCUGCUCCUGCAACAACUCUGCUGCAUCACCAGAGUUACAUAGACAAGGCUUUCUUUUCCUCUGACAACAUACUACUCUACUAAACCUUUUUGUUUUGUAAAGGCAGGUUAGCGUCUAUAGCUCUAUCAUAGCUACCUGUAUUUAUCACCAUCUUAUAGCUCACGUUAGGGGCCGUCCAUGUUAAAUUAGCUAAUUGACCCACAGUAACUAAUACUGUACAUACUGACAUCUAUACUGACUCACUAAAUGUCUCUACUGCAGCAGAACACAGCCGCGUUCAUUAAAAAAAUAUUGGAAAUGGCAGAGCAAGACCCUGUCACCGAUAAGUUACACAAAUUCUGGUCUGCAGUGAUAAACCUGUGAUUUAUAACCUGAACCCUAAUGCAUAUUAACUGUGUUAUGUGUAGGGGACAGGGAGCCCCGCUGUCACGGGUCACACAUUUCCACUAUUGAUGCAUGAAAUUGAUGAGCAGAAACACUUGAAUAAUCUAACAAGUUACUGCCAACAUGGAUUGCAACUGUGUUCUGAGGAAAUUGUCCACUUUUCUGACUCGGGCCACUAGGGUUCAGUAAUACUACGAAAUAUAAGAACAGACACGUAGCUCCAGCAUACUGUGAACUCAUAAAGCCGUGAUUGCAAACAAUUACCCAGCUUCAUAUCCCGCGGACACAGAGUGACAGUAGCAUCUCAUUGUUCUGUUUUCAAAAGUACAAGUUUCUCUUUGCUUUGGUCUCCUCCAGAUUGUAAGAAACAACGUCAGCUCUUUGGUUUGCUAGAUGUUCCACCACACGGACCAGCUGCUUAGCAACUUGUGCUGCGUUCCAUUAGUGGUUCAACCUGCCCUCCCUACCCCAGCCCUUGGUAUGACGUAACAGCUUACGUCACACGGAGGCCCCUUGGAGAGCAGAGGGAAAGUGGGCGGGGGAGGAGCGGGGGAUUAAAACGGAAGGCACCUGCCCUUUUUCACUUUCAGCCCAAACUGUCACGGAUCGACUGCCUGUUGUAGACUCAGCGCUGUACUGCUUCUUACAAAUAAUCAAAAAUACCUUUUGACGUUUUAAACUGAUGAUUGUAAUACGUCGCCACCUGGUAAAUAGCUGCAUCCGUCUUUGAUUCAGAAACUUCUGUUGGUGACCUGUAUCAUGAUUAUCAUCACUAUUAGUGCUACUGGUUUAUGAUAUAUUGCAAUUUAUGCAUAUUGUUCUUCUUCAGUGGUGAGCAAUCGCAGAGUUUUACGUACAGUACUGCCACCUACCCAUGGAUGUAUUCUCUUGCACCAAAUGCAUAACUGCAAUUCAUUGUUGGUGUCCACCUCUCGAGUGACCGUCGUUGUUCACUCGCUCCCUCAGCCCUCCGAGGGGCCAUCUCACCAAGUUCACUUCAGGUUUACAGACAAAUGGAACGACACUUAUACAGUAAUGGCGAAGGGAAUUCCCCCGAGGGCGAGUGCUGAGGACAAGAGAACGAGGCCAUGUUGAACCACUAAUGAAACGCAGUCUUGGUCCUUUGGUGCAGGCAGUUAGCUGAUGGGUUUAUCUUUCUGUCGGUUGUACAUCCAAUACUAUUUGUCAGGAAAAGCAUAGACACUCUUAUGACAUGUAGCUCUCAGAUCAGUCAACUCCAUUCGAUGAUCAAAAACAUUGAUUAAUAACAUUUAAAUAGGGUUUCCCAGGCACAGCCGGUUUGCUUUCCAGACCUCCACAUGACACCUGGUGUGGUGACUGUCGUCUAGUGACUCUACUGAAACCUGCAGAACAAACAUCUUCCAGCCACAUGCGAACAUCUUGAUGAAUAUUUAACUGAAGAUCUAAGUCUGCCUAAGAUCUAAUGAUGAUCUACGAUAGAAUAAUUAUGUCACUAACAUGUUGUUGAGCAAAGCAUUAAGUGGAACCUUUCGAUCUCGAGAUCACAAAUGAUGGUUUCCUUGUGUUUUCACUUACUAUCGAUUGCCAUUCAUGAGCUCUAAACCUGACUGAGUAAUGUGACUCCUUAAAAUGUGCACUAACUUGUUGGAAGUUUCUUUUUUUAUAUUGUUACACUGUUAAUAUCAACUUGCAUGCAACUGCCCCUCUGUCUUAUUCUAACCAUGACAUGCAUCAUAUGAAUCCAUCAUCGUGUCCAUCCGAGUUUCUUCACAAGAGGUGGGACAUCUGUGAAAGUAUUCAUGAAACAUAAUCUGUUACUACGUUGUGAGCAAGUCCUCCGUAGUGAGACCGACCUGCACCUGCAGUUACUUCUAAGUAGUCGUCACAUUUUGAAAUAGUCAACAUCUCUUGAAAUGAAACUCUUCAUAUGUGAACUGCAUUCUGCUUAUGUAUUUAUUUGACAUGUUUCCACAGUCAUGACAUCAGGACAGAGCCCUGGGUUUUGCAUGUAACCUCAGCUGCACCUCGUGGGCACCUGGUGGACAUUGUUGUGCUCGCUCAGGGAAAAGCCAAACGUCGUCUCUGAUAGAUGCUGUGGAUUCAUACGUUCAACACCAGAUUCCUCUGGAACGGUUCACGGGUACUAACCCGUGCUCUUGUCUGUUUUCGUCUGUACAUUUAAUUGUAAGAUAUCGCACCAUGGUUGCUCAGUUUCUCACUCUAUUGUGUACGCCGUGUCCGCUGUAGUAUUGUUUUUCGGUGUCAUGAAUGCAUCCCAACAUAUUUGACCGUCUCGCUGCUUUACGAUGUUUCCCUCUCCCAACCUUUCGUGUGUAGAUAAUUGCCAAAAUGCAUGUUGCCAAAACUGCUCUGAGCUAAUCACAUAUACGGAAAAUGAAUGCAACUAAAUCUACAUAUCAGACUUGUCAUGGUGACUAUAGCCAUAUUCUUUUGAAACACUAGCGACAGUUUACAUGUGAUGUAGAGCUGUGAAGCACUGUAACAUUGCACAUCGUUCAUGUCAUCUUACUGUAUUUUACCUCUUCUUUAAACUUGCUACAUGUGUAUGUUAGGUAAUCACUGUAAAAUAGCAGCACACAGGCCUAUUAAAUGACAUAUGUAGCGUACACGGGUGAAACGCGGUGUUAAUGGAUCAGGGAACAGAUUGGCUGAACUGAUACGGGUAGAUGGAGCAUGAUGUCUGUGUUUUUAAAGUGGUUCAAACACUGAAGAGCGUUACUCUCACAGGAGUAUUGUAUUUUUCUAACAUUUACUCUAAAUCCCUGUAUUUGUACUCAGCACUGAAGAGUGUCAUAAUAUACCAUUUAAUGCACAUAUUGUCACUCAAUAUUACCGUGAUUCUCCUUCCAAACAUUUUUUUUUUAGGUUCCCAAUUAUGACAAUGAUGUUCUGUGACAGUCACCUUAGCAGUACGGAUUGAGAAUUGUAUAUUACUGAUAUUCUUUGUUUUAUGUCAAAAAAAAAAGAAGAAAGAUAAAAUAAACUAUUUCAAUACUUA